AUGGCGAGAGAGAAACAAGAUUCGCAGAUCGGAUUCACCAAGAAACGCUCGCGUCAGUCCUCCGAAGAACUCUGCUUCCUCGUUCCUCACUCUACGACGGUCUCAAUCAUCACCAUCGACGACGACGAGGAUGAAACCCUAGUUUCGAAGAAGACAGACGACCACCUCAAGAUUCCUCCGUCAUUCGGAUCCUCGGGAUCAAAACAGUCUACGACGGUCUCAAUCAUCACCAUCGACGAUGAUGAUGAGGAUGAUGAAACCCUAGAUUCGAAAGAUAAGAAGACAGACGACGUCAUGAUCCCUCCGAGACUUAACUCCUCGACCUCACUACCUUCCGCUGAUGCAAUCAUCAUCAUCGACGACGAAAAAGACAAGUGCGAAACCCUAGAGCCGAAGAAGAAGAAGCCAAGAUUAGGUUCUUGGUGGGACAACGAUGAUGCCUUCGACGAACUAAGUAUCGUGGUCAAGGGUUUACCAAAACCGAAGGACACUGAACCUGAAUCCAGAGUAGAUUCUUGCUUCUCUUCUUCUACUGAUCUUCAGGAGAAGAAGAAGGACGGUGAGAGAUCAUCAUCAUCAACUCAUCAUGUUAAUUUCAUUGAUCUGAGCGAUGCCGAGAGUGUCGGUAGUAAUAAGGGUAUUGGACACGUGUCACUUGAGGAGUUGGGUGUUACGGUGGAAGAGCAGAAGAUUAAUAGCAAGAAGAGGGGAUUAGGGUCUUGCUGUCUUGACGUUGGAGUCUUUGACGAACUUAGUAGCGUGGUUAAGGGGUUAUCGAGAGUGGAGUCAUCCUGUUUUUCUUCUCCACACGAGCCGGAGACGAAGAAGAAGAAGGUUGAUGAAAGAUCGUUAUCAUCAACUCAUCAUGAUAAGAGUUUCAUUGAUUUGAGCGAGGACAAGACAGUCGCUGAGAGUACUAAGGGCGUUCGACACGUGUCACUUGAUGAGUUUGGUGUUUCGGUGGAAGAUCUUAAGAGUAUGCCAUGGGAAGCGUUUGAUCCGGCAUGGGAGAUUAGGUCAAAGACAAUGGAUCCAUGGCUUGGUGGCUUCGUCCAAGACAUGCUCUGUUCUUAA